AGGAUCGGUUCUAUCUCAGCUAUAAACGACGCGUAUUCCAACACUGCAUAACUAGCGCGAAUUUCCACGCAUUUUUUUUCGCCAAUUUGCAUUUUGUUCCUUGUGUUUUACGGAAAUACUAUAAAAAUGCCCAAAACAAAGAAGCAAGAUUCUGGCUCAGAUAGCGAUAGCGGCCCUGAUGACCGAAACAAGCCGGCAAGCAAAAAGGCUAAGGAAUCGCCUGCUCCAAAGUCGGCUCGGCAAGAUUCCGGAGGAAAUGACACCACCACUUGGACCCUGGAAGGACUUCGCCAGGUGCGAAUCAACGAGUUCCGCGGCCGCAAAAUGGUGGACAUUCGCGAGUUCUAUGAAAAGGGCGGCGAAACUCUGCCCGGCAAGAAGGGCAUCUCCUUAUCUGUAAAGCAAUGGAAAAAACUCCUUGAAGUGGCUGAAGAAGUCACCCGCGCCGUCGAGAAUUAAUUCUAGUUCAUCCACAUUGCAAACUCAGCCUAGCGGCUUCCAUAUGUACAUACAUAGUUACUAUAGACCACGUUCAGCAUCAUUUAACUGGGACUUAUCCAGUGAAUAAGCGUUAUCUUAGGCACUUGUAUUCGAAAAUCUGUAUUUUCACAGAUGGCGAAACAUUAAUAAAUGAUCAAAUUAAUUGCCUAA